UAUAAAUACAUGUAAAUUUUCAUAAAAACUUUGGCAGGCAAGAAAGUCUCAUACAAUAUCGAAGCAGAUAACACAAUUCAAUAACUUAAAAUGCAAUUAUAAGAAAAAGAAGGAAUUAGCUCUGAAUAAUUUAAAGUAUUUUUAAUUGUUAUUGUUUUAGCUCAUCUUCAAAGGAAGACAUCUUUAAGAAGAUAAUAAAAUAGCUGAUGCUCAAAUGUAAGCUGGAGAUACUGUCCAUAUGGUCAUUUAAUUGAGAGGAGGAUUUUGAGCGGAUCGUAAAAUAUGAUUGUUUAACAUACCUAUAAAUAUGUUUAUA